AGGGGAUAUUGUAGCUGUGUGGGCACGGCGCUUCCGUGGCAAUUCGCAAGUAAAGUACACCGGGUACCUGACACUUAAGCUGUACGGGAGCGGCCGCUCACUCAUUCCGGGAAGAAGUAUACAACAUUGGUCAAGGCUAGUACCCGGGCAGCCCUAAUUCUGAAUUUAUAGGUGCAAAACAUAUGGUUUAUUUUUAGCAAACAUGAGUGAUACUGAAGCUAGUCAGAGUGAAUCGAGCGAUAUUCAAGAGAACACAUCACCAGUCAGGUCACCCGAACCGGACGCAGGUCAUCGGGGUGGAUGGGUUUCAUUGUUGACAAUGUGGACUAGAGGUGUUACUCGAAUGGCGAUACUCAAGGGACUAGGAAUGAUGCUACCGACACUACAAGAUCAAUUCGGGACAACGACGUGGGUCAUUGGUUGGAUGACGUCACUCAUGAUCGGCAUGGGAGGUCUUGUUGCUCCUUUGGCAGGUUUACUUGGUAGACGAUUUGGAUCAGGAAACGUUAUCAUGGUAUGCGGUACGAUGAUUGGCAUUGCUUUCAUUGCUGCAUCCUUUGCAUCAAGAGCGACUCAACUGUCGUUUAUUCUAAUACUGUUAGCAGGUUCGUCACUACGAGUGCCUGUAGUGCUUGCUAAAGAGGCUAUUGGCCGAUGCUAUGACAAGAACCUAGCAAAAGCUACCGGUAUAGCGCGGACGGGUACUUCCAUUGGACUGGUCGUGGCCGCGCCUCUCAUCCAGAUAUCCCUCGAUAAGUACGGGUGGAGGGGAACCAUGCUACUGAUAGGCGGUAUAUCAAUGCAUCUUAUCCCUUGUGGCGCCCUCAUGAGGAAAAUUAGAACAACACCGAGCAACAGUUAUCGGGAACUUCCACAGAACGAGCCAGUCUCGGAAGAUAUUUCUUCUCCCUCCACAUGUGCCUCAUUUUGGAUGACAGUCUUCAAAAACUUUGAUUUGUCCCUGCUUCGAAGUUUUCAGUAUUGGUCAAUAGCUAUCGUAUGCGUUUGUUUCAGUUUUGCUUACGACGUGUGGCUGAUCUAUUUUGUGUCACAAGCCCAAUCAAAGGGGUUUUCCUUAGAGGACGCAGCAGUUUUCGUCACCGUAGCGGGCGUGGGGAACCUGCUAGCCAAACUGUUGCAGGGCUUCAUCAUAGACGCAGGGAUACUACCCUGCUGGAGCCUAAUGGUCAUAUGCAGCAUCGUUAGCUCGUGUGCGUUCUUUGUAACGCCUUGGCUGGCAGGGUAUUGGACAAUGAUGUUGACGGCAUCGCUGGUGGUCAUUUGCGAUGGUCUCCUGUCCUGUCUGCAUGAUAUCCUCACCAAGCAGGUACUUGGAGUAGAGUUGAUGAUGAGCCUUGUUUUCUUUGGUUAUCCUGUACCACUACCGGCUUAA